AUGUUGCUUUUCAAAGGAGCCUUCCAUCAGGCUCGAACCCACGACCUGCAGGUGUUCAGGCAGAGGAGCGACACUCUGAGCCACAGAGGCCUGCAGGUGUCUGCUUUGUCUCUUGGACUUGAAGACGUCAAACUCCUCACCUUGAUCAUCUGGUCUUGUCUGACACACAUCAUGGAUCUGGACAGCAUCGAGGCGCUGAACGAGAUCCGGCCGUCCGUCUACAGAGCCGCCAUGAAGCUGCUGGAGCUGCAGAGGCUGCACGUGGUGUCUGUCAGUCAGAUCGGCCCGGCCCUGCUCUCAGAAGUGGGCGGGGCUCCCGGACAGGAAGUCGGCCUGAGCCGGGAGGAAGUGAUGCGGACUCUGAACAGGAUGUUCCACAGCGUGUCACAGGAAGUGCCGGGUCAUGUGACCCUGGAGGCUCCGGAGCGAACCUGCAGUGUGUUGUACCAGCUGUAUGACCGAGGCAGCAGAGACAGAGGAACAGUCAGCAGGAGCCGACUGAGAUCCUUACUGCAGGACCUGAGCCAGGUCCCUGCAGCGGUCCAGGAGGAGUGUGUGUUUGGCGGUGUGGAGGCGGCGGUCAAGUCGUGUUUUAACGGGGUGCUGACCCCCAGUGUGAGCCAGGAGCACGUGUUGUCAUGGUUACAGAGUGAGCCCCGCCUGUUGCUAUGGUUACCGACUCUGUACCGCCUGUCCGUCAGUCGGAGCGUGAGCCACGCCGUCCGCUGCCGCGCCUGCAACACCUUCCCCAUCACCGGCCUCAGGUACCGCUGCAUGAAGUGUGUGAACCUCCAUCUGUGUCAGAGCUGCUUCCUGACCUGCAGACAGACCAAGAAACACAAAACACACCAUCCUGUGGUGGAGCACUGCACACAGCCCACCUGGAGAGAGGCUCUGACCUCGUUAGCCCGCAGCGCUCGUCACGCUCUGUUGCCGCGGCGAUACACCAAGAAGGAGACAGACAGGAGGAAAGGCCUGAUGUGGGCGGAGCCAGAGGAGACCGAGGACAGCUCUCCUCCCGAUGCUGCGACGCGAUUGGCUGCCUCAGCUGUCCGUCACGAUGCUUCCUGUUCAGCCAGCCCCCGCCCCGCUGCAGGAACUUCCCAUGAUGCCUCACUGUCCAGGCUGCAGUCCAAAGCCCUGCAGACGGAGGAGGAGGAGGAGGAGGAGGAGGAGGAAGCUCCAACGCAGCAGGUGAGAGCAGCUGCUCUGCUGGACGAGGUCAGAAACCUCCACAGAGACAAGUGGCUGAUGGAGCAGGAGCUGCAGGCGUGGCGAGUGGCCGUCCAAUCAGAGCAGGGCAUGCUGGAGGACAGGUGCUCAGAGAUGGAGGUUACCAUGGAAACACUGAGACAACACAACGUCCAGCUGCAGGGCAUGCUCACGCAGAGCGCCGUCAGACGACUUCCUGUCAGAGAGCUGGGAGGAGGAGGAGGAGGAGGAGGAGGGGGAGGAGCCUGUGGCUGA